GUCAUCCUGGGAAGCAGGAAGCGGAAGGCAGUCUGGCACACAGUGCAGCUGAGGGAGCACAGAGCUGGGAGACAGGUUUCAGAAGGCGCUACACUUAGUUUGAGGAUGAGUGUCCCGGAUUAUAUGCAGUGUGCUGAGGACCACCAGACCCUCCUUGUAGUGGUCCAACCUGUGGGUGUCUUGAAAAAUGAGAACUUCUUUAAAAUCUACAAACGCAUCUCCUCUGUGUGCCAGGUGACUGCCAGCAACUCCCAGCGCGCAUUGUACAUUCGUUACCGGCAUCAGUAUUCAGUGGAGAAUAACGAUUGGGGGGAUUUCCAGACUCAUCGGAAAGUGGUCGGCCUCAUAUGUAUUGGAGAAUGCGGCUUACCUAAAGAGCUGCCCCUUACGUUCCUGAAGUUUGACCAGCAGAAGGAAGUCUACAGCUCCACCCUUUACGACUCCCGCCUCUUUGUCUUUGGGCUGCAGGAAUCGGCGACGGAGCAGGGCCGUAUUGAUGUGGCCUUUUACCCCAGCUAUGAAGACUGCGAAGCGGUGGAGAAACGCGUGGAGGAUUUUAUAGAGUCACUGUUCAUUGUUCUGGAAUGCAAACGUCUCGACAAGACCAAUGAGAAGUCCGGAGAGAAGAUGCCGCUUCUCUAUGUACCGUAUGAGAAAAAGGACUUUGUGGGUCUGGAUCCAGACAGCAGACAUUAUAAGAAGCGCUGUCAGGGGCGUAUGCGGAAGCACGUGGGAGACCUGUGCCUGCAGGCUGGGAUGCUGCAAGACGCGCUGGUCCAUUAUCAUAUGGCUGUUGAACUGCUACGAGCCGUCAAUGACUUUGUUUGGCUAGGAGCUGCCUUAGAGGGCCUGUGUUCUGCCUCCGUUAUACAUCACUACCCGGGAGGAACAGGAGGAAAGGCGGGACAGUGCCGGACGCAGAAUUUGUCGCUGUCCGCAGAGGCCAGUAAGAGGCACCGACCAGGAGCGCAGGAAGUCCUUAUUGACCCAGGCGCCCUCUCCACCAACGGGAUUAAUUUAGACGCCAGCACGGAGAUUGGACGCGCCAAGAACUGCCUGAGCCCAGACGAUGUUAUAGAGAAGUACAAAGAGGCCAUCUCUUAUUAUGGGAAGUCCAAGGCGGCCGGGGUGAUCGAGCUGGAGGCCUGCGUGAAAGCGGUGCGGGUUCUGGCCAUACAGAAGAAGAGCAUGGAGGCCUCGGAGUUCCUGCAGAGCGUGGUCUACAUAAACCUGCGCCAGCUCUCAGAAGAGGAGAAGAUUCAGCGAUACAGCGUCCUCUCUGAGCUGUACGAACUGAUAGGCUUCCACCGCAAGUCCGCUUUCUUCAAGCGGGUGGCAGCCAUGCAGUGUGUGGCCCCCACUAUCUCGGAGCCAGGCUGGAAGGCGUGCUACAAACUCCUGCUAGAGACUCUGCCCGGCUACAGCUUAUCCCUGGACCCGAAAGACUUCAGCAGAGGUGCGCACAGAGGAUGGGCUGCAGUACAGAUGCGCCUGCUGCACGAGCUUGUCUACGCCUCCCGGAGGAUGGGGAACCCUGCGUUGUGUGUUCGCCACUUGUCCUUCCUUCUGCAGACCAUGCUGGACUUCCUGUCUGACCAAGAGAAGAAAGAUGUGGCGCAGAGCCUUGAGAGCUACACCUCGAAGUGCGCCGGUACAAUGGAACCUAUUCACCUACCUGAGGGUUUAACGUUACCUCCCGUGCCAUUCACUAAGCUGCCCAUUGUGAGGUCGGUGAAGCUUCUCAAUCUUCCAGUUAUCCUGCGACCCCAAAAAGUGAAAAAUUUACUGGGCCAGAAGCUGUCUACAAAGAGCCCCUUCAUCUACUCCCCUAUCAUAGCGCACAAUCGCAGUGAGGAGAAGAACAAGAAGAUUGAUUUCCAGUGGGUACAAGGAGAUGUGUGCGAGGUUCAGCUGAUGGUUUACAACCCUAUGCCCUUUGAACUGAGAGUAGAGACCAUGGGACUGCUGACGAGCGGUGUGGAGUUUGAGUCUCUCCCGGCUGCCCUAUCCCUUCCCGCGGAGUCCGGCUUGUAUCCUGUGACUUUAGUGGGCUUACCUAGAACCACCGGGCAGAUAACGGUUAAUGGUUAUCACACAUCUGUAUUCGGCGUGUACAGCGACUGUCUCCUAGACAACCUGCCUAACCUGAAGAACAAUGGCUGUACGGUGGACGUGAUCCCGGCCUUACCACGGCUACAGAUUAGCACCUCUCUUCCCAGAUCUGCUCACGCUCUCCAGCCGUCCAACGAUGAUGUAUCCACCCAUGUGUCUGUUCAGAUGUAUAACGGAGAGACACAAAAGCUUCUGAUAAAGUUGGAGAACAUCGGAACAGAACCCCUGGAGAAACUAGAGGUCUCCUCAAAGACGGUCAAUAACAAAGAGAAACUGUUUGGAGACUUCCUGACCUGGGACCUGGAGAAGACUCUCUCCCAGCUGCCCCUGAAACCGGGGAGUACGGCAACUUUCACCGUGUACAUCAAAGUGAAGCUGGACUUCUCCAGCCAGGAAAACCUCCUGCAAGAUCUGAACGACGACGGCAUCAGUGUCAGCGGUCUACCGGUGUCCAGUCCCUUCCGACACGUUGUGAAGUCCAGAGUGGAGUCCAAACCUCUCAGCCAGCCAGAGAGCAGCCGGAGCAGUGAGUUCAGCCACGUGAAGACUCUUGAAGGGAUUUUGAAUUUCAAAUACUCCGGAGGACCGGGCCACGCAGAAGGGUAUUACCGGAACCUCUCCCUGGGCCUGCAUGUGGACGUAGAACCCUCAGUGUUUUUCACUCGGGUCAGCACUCUUCCUGCAACCAGCACAAGACAAUGCCACCUCCUCCUUGAUGUAUACAACUCUACAGAGCACGAGCUGGCAAUCAGUGCUAAGGACAAUGAGGCCCUUAUUCUGCAUGCGGGAGAAUGUCAGCGCAUGGCCAUACAAGUGGACAAGUUCACCUUUGAGAGCGUCUCCGAGCCGACUGUGGAUAGUCUUGAGUUUGCCAACCCAAAGGAGAUAGAAGAAGAAAGACAGCAAGCCAAGGGGCUGGAGAUCAACAACAAGCUGGACAUCCACUGGAAGAUCCCAUCUGUGAAGCGCAUCGGAGAGGCCAGCGUGGAGGGAGUGUUAAAUCAGCUUGUCCUGGAACACCUGCAGUUGGCUCCUCUCCAGUGGGAUGUUCUGGUGGACGGGAAACCAUGUGACUGCGACAUCGUGGCCGACUGCAAAGUGGGGGAUCCCAUGCACCUGGAGGUGAAGCUGACCAAUUCCACGAACAGCCCCGUGGGUCCCUUUGCCCUGACGGUUAUCCCAUACCAAGAUUACCAGAACGGAGUGCACAACUACGAUCUCAAAGAUAUUGUCACGUUCGUGGGCUCCAACACCUUUUACAUUGGCUCUGUUCAGCCGAUGGAAAAUUCCGUGUGUUUCGGUUCUUUACUGUUCCUCUACACCGGAGAUUUUUACCUGGAUAUAAAGUUUCAGGAUGACAACGCCGGCCGCGAGCUGCCAUUUUCUUGGUUUUGCCUCCCCAGCGUCCACAUACGUGCCAUUGACACCAUCAGCGAAACGCAGUUUUGAGCAAUUAGAUGAAUCGUCCUCUCUGUUUGACUAGAUACCAUAAAUGAACUAUGAGUUCCAGAGAGUGAAUACUUAAACUCAUUCUGAGAAGAUAAAGAUCACAGAUCAUUACUGAGCCACAGAAGGAAGUUUUGACAUCACGUUGGCCGCUGCAUCUCCCUAUCCCUCAUACCGGCAUUUGGUACGGUCUAUCAAGACGCAAAUUGAAGAGGUACAUAAAGAAGAAAAUGACUAAUUAGAUUUUGGGAGCACACAGUUGGAGCGGCAAAGAGCCGUUUUGAUAUGUACUAUUGAUUUUCCUAGAUAUUUUUCCUUAGGCUCAAUAGUGACUGUAGCAUUGUAAAGUUCUCCUUUUCCAGAGUAGAGCGUUUCCAUCCACACUGGACUAUGGGGGUCAUUCCGAGUUGAUCGCUGGCUGAAAAUGUUCGCUGUGCAGCGAUGAUGCAAAAAAAUGGCACUUCUGCGUAUGCGGCGCAAUGCGCAUGUGCGACGUACUUUCACAACGGACGAUGUAGUUUUACACAACGUCUAGCGAGGCUUUUCAGUCGCACUGCUGACCGCCGAGUGAUUGACAGUUAGUGGGCGUUACUGGGUGUCAACUGACCGUUUUCAGGGAGUGUUUGAAAAAACGCAGGUGUGCCAGGAAAAACGCAGGCGUGGCUGGCCGAACGCAGGGCGUGUUUGUGACGUCAAACCAGGAACUGAACUGUCUGAAGUGAUCGCAAGCGCUGAGUAGGUCUGGAGCUACUCUGAAACUGCACAAAAAAUUUUUGUAGUCGCUCUGCGAUCCUUUCGUUCACACUUUUGUUAUGCUAAAAUACACUCCCAGUGGGCGGCGGCAUAGCGUUUGCACGGCUGCUAAAAACUGCUAGCGAGCGAACAACUCGGAAUGACCCCCUAAGUUCCAAACGCUGUCUUCAAACCACAUAAAAUAGUUUGCAAAAAGCUAAGACUAUAGAAGGUGCAGAGAAAGGAGAAGGAAGUGGUGCCGACACAAAGAACCCAGAAUCCUCCACGCAGCCCUGAGGGUGGGUCAUCUUGUUCCCUACCACAAGGCUGCGUUUCUGUGGAAAGAAAUCUGAGAUGUCACACGAGCGGCAAACUUUUUUUUUUUUAAAUCUGACAGUAGCAUUUAAUAAAAAAAGGUCCAAUUUGCUCUACAACCACCCUUUACAUAUACGCAAGCGGACCCUGUUAUACAGAUGGUUUUACUCACUGUAAGCACUGGGGUGUAAAAGAUCUUUUCCACCUGUGAUAAAAAUGAGGCUUGAUGGCUUCAGUAUCUGGAAAAGAGUCUGUAUGACGCCACUUUCACCGGCUUUCUGGGGAGAACGUACAGUUUAUUGUGCAAUAAGAAAUAGGUCAAUGAACGGACAAGAAAAGUGUAAGUUUGGGGUUUUUUUUGCAAAAUCUCUGAACUGCACCAAUGAUGUCUCUUACUGUAAGCGUGACGCACGGAGGGGAAUCUGCUGCAACACUUACUGUCUUACCAUUCGGACCAUCGGGGAGAAAAUGCUUCUUUUCAAGUGCUGAAUGUGUAAAUGAUUUUUGUUGUAAUUAUCUUUCUGUUCUGCAAGUCAUGAUUCAUAAAGCUGUAUAGUUAAUGUCUGAGCGGAACGGCUGUCGCGCAUUGUGUAAUAGUGCGCAUGACCGUUGCGUGGAAGUACCAUGUUGGCGGGACUGGGUAAUGUGAUGUUACACUGAUGGGUGCAAUUUAAAAUUGAUCUUUAUCUGACUGUAUUUACUAUACCAUGAAAUAAAGCAUAAUUGUGUAAUUGUA